CUCAGCUUUCCGCACUCCUCGCGAGUCGCAGACAUCUUCUCCUUCGACUACCAUGUCUACAAACCACUACACCGCUCCUCCGCCUGCCUACAGCGCGCAGAAGCUUUCCAAGGUGCCUGGCGAUGAGGAGGCAUCGCAGCCCCUCCUGAGCCCGACAGCGGGUCCUAGCUCGGGUCCUGGUGGCAUAUACGACCAACCCGGGUUUGAUGACAUUCCCGACGACUUCAAGUAUGGUACCACGGUCUCAGAGAGCGCUCUGGAGAUCAGGAACGCCUUCGUCAGGAAGGUCUACUCCAUCUUGUUUUGCCAGAUCCUCGCGACUUGCGUCGUCGCUGGUGGUAUUUCCCGGUCUCCUGACACCAUAUUCUGGGUUCAGACCCACUUGUGGUCAUUCUACAUUCCCCUAUUCGGUACCCUCAUCAACCUUGGGCUGCUCUUCUGGAAGCGCCACAGCCAUCCGGCCAACCUAGUCCUUCUCUCCACCUUCACUCUUUUCGAAGCCUUCACCCUCGGCGUCACCGUCGCCUUCUUCGACACCAAUGUCGUUAUGCAGGCUUUGUUGAUCACCGUGGGUGUCUUCCUCGGUCUGACCUUGUUUACGCUGCAAUCCAAGUAUGACUUCUCGGGAAUGGGCGGGUGGUUGUUCGGCGGCCUAGUCGCCCUCAUGAUGACCGGCUUUGUCAGCAUUUUCUUCCCCUUCAGCCGCACUCUGGACAUGGUGUACGCUGGCGGUGGUUGCGUCCUCUUCAGUGGGUACGUCGUCUACGACACGUACAUGAUCACGAAGCGUCUCUCGCCGGAUGAAUACAUUAUGGCGGCUAUCAGCCUCUACCUUGAGUGAGUAGCAGUCCCUGGACGUUUAGACUCGUGCUGACCUUGACUCGUCUAGCUUCAUCAAUCUUUGUAAGUUGCAAUCGUGCGUCUGACUCUGACCAGCUCUGACCCGACCCAUUUUAGUCAUCAACAUCCUUCGUCUGUUGAAUGAUAUGAACCGUGACUGAAGAUUCAAACAAGAGUAUCUUUAUCGGUCGUUGUAAUGUAGACGGUCCGCAGGUUUGCUGAUCUAUUGUUGAGACGUCUCUAAUCUCGGACCUAUUCCAUUGUACUCGAAGUGUAUUGUGUUCUGGGUAGUCCGAUCCGAAACCUUCCAUUCCAAUCAUGUUGAUGACCGGUCGGCAGUGCUUGUAGUUAUGGCGCCUUUGGCUCGCAUGCCUUGCCCCCAUCCUUGUAAUAUUCCAUAGCAGACUCUGUGUCCAGCAUGAGAUU